GGAUCUAAGAUAUCCUAUGUCAUCAACUCAAGGCGCUUUUUGUUCUUUCAGGACAGAAAGACGGAGAAAAUUAUUUUUAAUUGGUCGCGAAGGGUCCGGGUUUAGCGAAGAUAACAUUUCGCUAGGUUCACUGCAAUCAAAAACCGGUCAAGUGUAGAGUCAAACCGAUGCCGUCUGGUGAAAAGUUGCGCAUUUGUGGGACUAAAUCAGCUCAGCAGUGAGCUAGCAUUAGCCUCUCCGAGACGGUGUCCAGAUUGGAGCGGAAGGAGUUCGGGCACUGAGAAGAAGGGGAGAAAUCUACUGGGAUGCCUCAUGCAAGUUGGAAAAAAAUGUAUCUUACAGUUCCGCCUGGAAUCACGGCACUGUAAACCUUAAGUAUGUGUUCCCUUGACUGAUAUCGAAUUGCAGGAACAGUUUCAUGUUGGUUUUGUAACAGUUAGCGUGCCAGUUGAGCGAGUUAGCCACGUAGCUACGUAGCCUUCAGUGGGAAGACAUUUAAAAUGGCGGAGGGUUGGCCCAUUCCUUCGGCCCUUGUCUUCAUGCUGUUCGGUUUGAGUGCCUGGGCCCUUGAGUCUUGUCCCACUCCUUGCUCGUGUUCAAAAGGACUAGGUGAGGUCCAUAUUCUGGACUGCAACAGGAAAAGGCUGUCGACGCCACCGCUGGACCCACCAAAUGGGAUAACCCAAGUCACCAUGAAUCACAAUGAGCUGACUGUUCUUCCAUUUCUUGGAGAUGUUUCCUCAAACAUCACCUCACUGUCAUUAGUCCACAAUCGGAUCUCAGAACUGCUGAUGCAUCAGCUGCAGCCAUAUGUUUCCUUGGAGACACUCGACCUGACAUCCAACUCCAUCUCUGAGCUCAGAGUUGGAUCCUUCCCCUACAUGCAGCUGAAAUAUCUGAAUUUGAGUAAUAACAAGAUCAGCGUUCUCGAGCCAGGCAGCUUUGAAAACAUCUCCAGCUCCCUGCUGGUGCUGAAGCUGAACAGGAACAGAUUAGCUGUGCUGCCAUCCAAAGUCUUCAAACUUCCUCAGCUUCAGUUCCUUGAAAUGAAGCGCAACAAGAUCAAGAUAGUGGACAGCCUAACAUUCAAAGGGAUGGACUCACUGAAAUCACUGAAGAUGCAGAGGAAUGGCAUCAGUAAGCUCAUGGAUGGAGCCUUUUUUGGACUUAACAACAUUGAAGAACUAGAGCUAGAGCAUAACAACCUAACUGAGGUCAAUAAAGGUUGGCUGUAUGGCCUGCGCAUGCUGCGUAUCCUGCGGGUCAGCCAGAAUGCUGUCGGCAUCAUCCGACCAGACGCCUGGGAAUUUUGCCAAAAGCUGGAGGAACUAGACUUGUCCUUCAAUCAUUUGACCAGACUCGAGGAGACUGCUUUUGUAGGAUUAGGUUUCCUGGAGAGCCUCAACCUAGGAGAGAACUCCAUCAGCCAUUUGGGAGAAGGAGUGUUCAGUGGCCUGGCAAGUCUGCGUACCCUAGAUAUCCGCAACAAUGAAAUCUCUUGGGCCAUUGAAGACUCCAUUGGUGUAUUUGAUGGAAUGAAGAAGCUGAACACAUUAAUCCUACAGCGGAACAAAAUCAAAUCAAUCACUAAGAAAGCGUUUGAGGGCCUGGAGGAGCUGGAGCACUUGGACCUCAGCAAGAAUGGCAUAAUGUCGAUACACCCCGAGGCGUUGUCCCACAUGAAGCUCAAAGUGUUUGUCCUGAACACCAGCAGCUUGCUGUGUGACUGCCACAUGCAGUGGUUGGGGCCAUGGCUGACCGACAGCCAGUUCCAGCAGUCUGUCUCUGCCGUCUGUGCUCAUCCUGCGAGUCUACUUGGUCGCAACGUCCUGUCCAUCACAGAAGAGUUUGUUUGUGAUGAUUUCCCCAAGCCUCAGAUCACAACUCACCCAGAGACGUCUGUGGCACUGCGGGGGAACAAUGUGACUCUGAGCUGUGUUGCCUCCAGCAGCAGUGAUUCGCCAAUGACCACAGCUUGGCGGAAGGACGGGGAGGUGCUGUAUGACGCAGAAGUGCAAAACUACGCCCAGUACCAGGAGGGAGAGCUGAUCUACACCACUAUGCUUCACCUCCUCAAUGUCAACUUUACUGAUGAGGGGCGGUACCAGUGUGUGGUCUCCAAUCACUUCGGCUCCAACUACUCCAACAGGGCCAAGCUUACCGUCAAUGAGUUGCCAUCCUUUCUUAAGACUCCAAUGGACCUGACGAUCCGGACCGGGACUAUGGCCAGGCUGGAGUGUGCUGCUGAAGGCCAUCCAUCACCCCAGAUUGCUUGGCAGAAGGACGGAGGCACAGACUUUCCUGCUGCCCGAGAGCGAAGGAUGCACGUGAUGCCAGAUGAUGACAUCUUCUUCAUUGCUAACGUGAAGACAGAGGACAUGGGAGUGUACAGCUGCACGGCUCAAAAUGCAGCUGGCAGCCUGUCGGCAAACGCUACUCUCACUGUCCUGGAAACUCCAUCCUUCAUGCGGCCGCUGGAAGACAGAACAGUGGCCCGUGGUGAAACUGCUGUGCUUCAGUGCAUAGCUGGAGGUAGCCCUGCCCCCCGUCUCAACUGGACCAAAGAUGACGGACCUCUGGUACUCACGGAGCGCCACUUCUUCGCUGCUGCCAACCAGCUCCUUAUUAUAGUGGACGCUGGUCCUGCUGAUGCUGGCAAAUACACCUGCAUCAUGUCUAAUACUCUGGGAACAGAGCGUGGCCACAUCUACCUCAGCGUCUCGCCAUCACCUAACUGCGAAACGGGUGGCGGGUACGACCAAGAUGGCUGGACCACCGUGGGCAUUGUGGUUAUUGUGGUGGUGUGCUGUGUGGUUGGAACCUCGCUGGUCUGGGUCAUUGUCAUCUAUCACAUGCGCAGAAAGAGUGAGGACUACAGUAUCACAAACACAGAUGAGAUGAAUUUGCCAGCAGACAUCCCCAGCUACUUGUCCUCUCAGGGUACUUUGUCAGAGCCUCAGGAAGGGUACAGUAACUCUGAGGCUGGCAGCCACCAGCAGCUCAUGCCUCCUCUCUCCAAUGGCUAUGUCCAUAAAGGGACAAAUGGUGUGUGUUAUGGAGACACGAGCAGUGAGGUGGAAACUGAGGGGAAUGGCAUGCUGCACUGCAGGGUCGGCUCUCUGUUCACUGGCCGUAGCAGCUUCCACCCUGGGGAGCCCUGUGAGGGGCUAGCUGGAGUCCCCACAGGUGGUGCAGGUCCGCUGGUCAUCUGUUCCGACUGCUACGACAAUGCCAACAUUUACUCACGCACACGGGAGUACUGCCCCUAUGCCUAUCUAGGGGAGGACGAUCCGCUGGACAAAAGUCUACCAGGCCUGAAGGGGAGCUUCAGUGAGCAUGCCCAGCACGAGGACACAGCACUGGAGAGCCUCAUUAGCAACCAGGACUCCUCUGUCUUUCUCACCUCACAUGACAAAAGGUUGAGCAGCCACACUCCCCCGGAGCACUACACUAAUGAUUCCCUUAGCAGGUCAUUCUGGGGAGAAGGGGAAGAUCUGUCCUCGAAACCCCAAUCAGGAGCGUCCCAGCACCCAGUGACUGUUCACAGGACACCUCCUAUAACUUCAACUGCAGACGGGGCACAGAACCAGAAUGAAGCAGAGGUGGGCUACUUCCCCAGCCAAAGCACACAGGACCACAGAAGUGCCUCUAAUAGGACUAACCCUCUGGAGCAUCCUGCUCCCACAUAGGUCCUUACACUCCGCCCACACUCCUCGUUGCUGCACCCCAUCCCCCUUCACCCACUACCUCCAAAGAGACUCCUCACAUUCUGCCAAAGAUGCUCUCUUGUAUGUUUACAUUCCCCUUUCACUCAAGAGGACAUGCUAACGUUCUCCACUGUGGAAAGACUCCUGUGUCAGGCUGGAGAAGUGGACCUGUGAUUAAAGUGACCUCCUCCUUGACACCUCCACCUCUGCAGGACCCCUCUCUCCCACAUCCUCCACCACUCUUCUUUUUCUCUUUAUAGAGAAAUCUAUGAAUGUAUGUUUUAAAGAGCCAUGUUGGAUGGGAUCGACCCUGCUGCUGUGGGGCUGAAAUUGUUUGCCAGUGUACUACACAUUGGCUGUUUGUUUCAUCAUUCCUGGUACAGACACGUGUUGGAACAGCCUACAUGACUUUGGUAGAAAAUCAUAAACCAUCUCUUCCCAACUGGGGAAAAAGGGGUUUAAAUGGGGGACAAUUAUAGUUCCCUCACCAGCAGAUUGUGAUGGUUAAUAUAGGUAAGAACCUUGAAAGAAUAUGUCCCACAUUCCCACAGCUAUUCUGACUGACUCUAAACUACCCUAUCUAAUAUCCAGUUAUGCAAAUUCCAGAGACAGUGACACCAAAAUGUGGUGUAUAUUAUGAAUAUAUAUGAAUAUAUCCUAUAUCAUCUUUAUCUGAUCUUGUUUUUGUUCUAUGUCAAACAAAAUUGUUAAUUCCUUCACUUUAUAUCUUCGUAAUGAUAAGCAGUUUGGGGAGAAAGCAUACAGUUUUUUUUGCACAUGUGACAAUCAUGGUUUUGCUGCCUAUUUUCUGAUGGUUGUCUGUUAGAUGGCCUUUUUAACAAGCAUUCUCAGUAACCUCGAUCAGGUGACAUUAUGGUUUAUAUAUACAGUAUGCACUGAUUUGUUUUCCCUUCUUCUCAUGUCUUACAGGCACUUAAUUUAAUGGUGGUACACUUUAUUAUGCAAUGCGCAUGUUGUUUUACAUUGUGACGAUUUAUCAUCACAGUUUUUUCUCAAAGUUCAUGAUCCUUCCAUAGAAAUUGAUUAAGCCUAGGUUUUCACUUGGGACUGUGAAAAAUGAGAAUGUAUUGUAUUAUUUUAUAUGUAUGUGUGUGUGUAUGUGUGUGUGUGUGUGUAUGUAUGUAUGUAUGUGUACAUAAGGCUAGUUAUAUGAAAUGCCAUGUCCUACUAGUCCAUUUACAGAGAGGUUUGAGACGUAAGCUGCAGUAACUUUAAAAACAUUAAGCUUAUUAAUUUUAAUCCUGUAGUGUCCCAGCGUUAUCCAGACGUUUUUAAAUAUGUUGGUUCAGGUAACAAUGUAACACAUUUUCUUCAGAAAUGGGUGUUGUUUUCCUCAUAACUCAAAGACAAUAAUCAAACAGCUUCUAGCUUCAGCAAACUGUACUUUUUCCAAAUGUCUGCUAUUAUAAUGCUUUGAGGAUUUGAAAAUGAAAACGCCUCUAGUGUAAAAGAAUGUGGACGUGUUUCAUCAGGUUUGAUCUGUAGUUGUCCUUAAGAAUCCUCUUCAUUAUUGCACUUCAGAGAAGCUUAGAUGUGAUUGGCUUUGGCUUUGUGACUCACAAAACUUAUGUGCUCAAAAUAUUUAGCAAAUUAAUCUCAUUUGGCAGUUUAUUAGGAACACCUAGCUAGAACUAAUGCAAUUGAAUACAAUUCUGCACUAAAUCCUCCCUUCAUGUAAGUUAUAAUGAACUUUUUUGUUUUUUUAAUUGAAACUCUUAUAGAGAGUUGCUGAUUCAACUGUAUGCCCAUUUCAGAAGAUGUAAUUUGUGGCACUGUUGAAUUGUGUUAUGCAGACUGGUGUUUCUGUUAUUUUGUCCACCCCAUUUAGAUCAGUGAGAGCAGGCUGAGUAACAGAAACACGCUUAUAUCAUUCUCUUUUUUUAUAGAUAUCAUGUCCGACAUUUCCAUUAUGUUGUUGAUCAUUACUGCUACAUUCUGCUUUUAUAUUUUUAACAAAGGAAGGGUUUUCCAUGUUCCUUUUUCUCCCUCUUCUGAAGUGGUACACCGAGGAUUCAAUGGUACUGAAUUCAGACACUAAAAUCAGUAAUGCUGAACAGUUCAUCUACAUUGCGAACGUGCUAUGGUGCAGCUUGAAUGCUAUAUUUUCGAAGUGUGACCGGGCCAAACGAGUUAUUGUUGGUUGUGAUCAAUAAUUACUCAAAAUUGACUACAUGUAUGUGGUAAGCAGCAAAUGGUACUCUUACAGCUCCACCUCCUCUGUGGUACGUGCAGAUAUGAAUUGCAUGCCAUUCUUGCACUCUUUCGGUUCUAACGUGUUUUCAUCUUUUGUCUGUCAGGUUUCAUUUUUAUUACCAAAUGAGCACAUCCCAAGCCUAUUCCUCUGAAUGUGGUGGUAGCUAGAAAGAUACUUAUCAAGUGCUUUUGCUAAAAGCAACUUGACUUCCCACGUCCUUCUGUUUUUGGACACACUACUUGCUUCGGUGGAAGCAGACUUUUGUGGUUUUGUUAUGUUUUCUGACGGUUGCUAAAGGUCAAUUCGCUGCCCCUUUGGAGUGAUUAAAAAUGAAAACCUGCAGUGAUAAGUCAUCAUAAUGGAGUUACAUGUCUGGGGGGGCAUACAUUGAUUCAAUGUUAAAUCUUUUCUGCCAACAUGUUGUAACUUAAUGUGCAUUUGUAUUGUUUUAUUCUCUGAACGUCCUUUACAACUUUAUACCAAAGUUUAGCAGUAACUGCUCUGGCAAAAUCCAAUGCUGCUUUUUUUUUUUUAAUAUUGUUGAAGUUUUGCAUUUUGUUUUCAGUAGUAUUUUUGGACCUUGUUUACCUGUACAUUCUGUAAAGCAUGUCUAAAGAGCCUUUUUGUUACGUAGCCAUUACUCAAACAUUAAACAUGAAUUCUGAUAAA